AUGAUUUUCAUAUCUUUUGGAUUUAUUUUUAAUCGUGCAAAGAUGAGGGCCUACAGAAAGGCGGCGCUGAUGGAGGCUCUGACGGCCCGACGCGAUGAAGACGACGAUGAGGAAGAGGACGUGGCCACCGAGGAGGACUACGCGUGCAAGAUGGCCCGAUUCAGCUCGUCCAAGGAGAACCAGGAGUUGGCCCAGCGAUUCGUGCAGCUGGACCGCGACGAUGAGACCGAGGCCUUCAUCGCCAACUGUCGGUCGUGGAGCGGCAGCAGCGGCGCCCUGUGGAAGGACUUCAUGUCGUGCUGCCUCCGCUCGUGCUGCUCCCUCACCACCACCAACGCCCUCCUCCGCAUCGGCUCCAUGCACGUCCUCUCCUCCCAACACAUCCGCACCCUCCUCGCCGACGAGGCGCGGGGUCGGCUGCUGGACGUGGGCGCUGGUGACGGAAACGUGACGAUGAAGUACCGGCCGUUCUUCCAGGAGAUCAUCACCACCGAGGUCAACGGUGCGAUGGCCAAGCGACUUCGCGAGCGAGGGUUCCCCUGUGUACAGACACCAGAGGUGACGAGGGAGGCGUUGGCGGCGGGCCUGCAGCUCAAGUCGUACAGCGGAGACCAGCUGACCUUUGACGUGGUGAGCUGCCUCAACGUGCUCGACCGUUGCCCGGCGCCCAAGACCCUCCUGCGCCAGAUUCGCGACAUUCUGCGACCCGAGACAGGGGUGUUGCUGUUGGCGGUGGUGUUGCCGUUCUGUCCGUUUGUGGAGAGCGGCCCUGCGUGGAGUCAAGUCGAACCGGACGAAGUGCUGCCGGUCUACUCCUCGCGCUGGGAGAAUGCCGUUCAGGAUUUGGUCCACAAGGUGUUCACGCCGUUGGGCUUCCGGGUGAAGAGUUUCUCGCGGGUGCCCUAUCUCUGCUGCGGUAUGGCGCCCAACCAGCCGGUCCUGCAGCUCGACGACGCCAUCUUCGUCCUCACGCCCAACACCGACGCCCCCUGA